GCCGCCGCUACGCCAUCAGGACUAGACAGGCGCAUACCUCAUAGCUCCUCUUCACAUCCGCCUUGCGCACCUUUUCCUAUUCCUCUCAUUCACUCCCCUCAUACCCGUCCACACGCCUGCCACCAGUAAUGUCUCCCAUUCGGCUGCGUAUCGACGGACGCAUAUUCCGGGAUCCUCAGAACCGCGAAGUCACGCUGCACGGUAUCAACUGUGCAGCCGACGCCAAGUUCCCUGCGAAGCCAGAUCAGCCUUCCCACAUUCCAGACAACUUCUUCGACGGCGACAAUGUCUCCUUCGUCAACCGACCCUUUUCGCUAGAAGAUUCCGCGACACACUUCUCGCGAUUACGUAGUUGGGGUUACAACACCAUCCGCUAUGUCUUCACGUGGGAAGCCAUAGAGCACUCGGGACCGGGCAAGUACGACGAGGAGUGGAUAGACCACACCAUCGCUCUAUUACGAAAGGCAAAGGAAUAUGGAUUCUACAUCUUCAUGGAUCCUCACCAGGAUGUCUGGUCAAGAUUCUCUGGAGGUUCUGGCGCGCCCAUGUGGACUCUGUAUGCUUGCGGGCUUGACCCCGAGAACUUCGCCGUCACCGAAGCCGCCCUCGUGCACAACACAUACCCCGACCCUGCCACCUUCCCUAAGAUGAUCUGGACCACCAACUACACACGAUUAGUAUGUCAGGUUAUGUGGACACUGUUUUUUGGUGGUAGGGACUUUGCGCCCAAGGCCAUCAUAGACGGAAAGAACAUCCAGGACUACCUGCAAGAUCACUACAUCGGGGCAUGCGAGCAUCUUGCGAAGCGGAUACACCAAGCAGGCGACUUGUGGCACGACCCGAUAAUUGGGUGGGAAAGUAUGAACGAGCCCAACAGAGGUCUCAUCAGCUACCAAGAUAUUACCCAAAUCCCGAGCGAACAAAAGCUACAGAAAGGCACCUCACCGACGGCUUGGCAGGCGAUACUUACCGGAUCGGGUAGAGCUUGCGAGAUCUCGACUUGGGAAUUUGGCGGAUUGGGACCAUACAAGAGUGGUUCAGCGUUAGUGGAUCCCGAAGGCACUAUGGCAUGGCUAUCAAAAGAUUACGACGACUCCAAAUACGGCUGGAAACGCGACCCAGGGUGGAAAUUGGGCGAAUGCUUGUGGGCGCAACACGGUGUCUGGGACCCGGCGACUGACACGGUCUUGAAGAAGGACUACUUCGGAAUCGAUCCCAAGAAUGGGGCAAAGAUUGACUACGAGUACUUCACAAACCACUACUGGCUUCCGCACUACCGGGCGUACAGCAAGAUGGUCAAGUCCAUAUUCCCGGACUCUUUGAUGUUCUUCCAGCCGCCAGUGUUGGAAAUACCGCCAAAGGUCAGGGGCACAGAAGAUGAUGACCCAAACAUGAUCUUCUCGCCGCAUUACUACGAUGGUAUCACACUGAUUACCAAGAAGUGGAACCGCGUAUGGAACGUUGACGUAUUUGGUGUACUGCGAGGAAAGUAUUUGACGCCAGCUUUUGCCAUAAAGAUUGGCGAGAAUGCUAUUAGAAACUGCUUCUCCCACCAGCUCAAAGCAAUCCGAGACGAGGGUACGGAGUAUACUGGUGUCCACCCCUGUAUCUUCACUGAGAUCGGAAUCCCAUACGACAUGGACGAUAAGUAUGCAUACAAGACAGGUAACUACAGCAGCCAGAUCGCCGCUUUGGAUGCCAAUCACUUUGCGCUUGAAGACAGUAAAGCCAAUGGCUUCGCCCUAUGGACCUAUGUCGCAAAUAAUUGCCACUAUUGGGGCGAUCUCUGGAACGGAGAGGACCUCUCCAUCUACUCAGUAGACGACAAAGCGGUCCCUGCAGGCCCCUUUUCGCCGGCCGACUCUCGUGCGUCGCUAGACAAGAAUUCGCCCACGUUCUCAAGAGCACAGUCGACCGAUACCCUUAGCAUCAACCCUUCAAAUCUGCAGAGGACCAUCACCACAGAACGAAUGAGCUCAAAGAAAGAUGACGAUGACGUUCGGGGUCUGCGUGCAGCAGAGGCCUUCAUCCGCCCCACCCCCGUCGCCGUCCACGGAGACAUUUCGUCGUACGGGUUCGAUCUCAAGAAUUGCACAUUCAAGCUUGCUCUUUCUGCGCCAAGCUCGACAUCAGAAGAUUUCCCUACGGUUUGCUACCUGCCUGAGUUUCACUUUCCGUCAGGACAAACCAAUGUCGAGGUCAGCGGUGGCAAGUGGACUAUCACAUCCGAGGAGACCGAUGGCGCGCUGCAGCAGACGCUGCGGUGGUGGCACGCGGAAGGUGACCAGGUCAUGACUGUCAAAGGCGUCAUGCGAAAGCCGGGAAGCGCGUUAGGCACGGAAGAAGAUGAAGGGUAUCUCCAGCAGUGCCAAAAGCAGACUUGCGCUGUCAUGUAAUGUCGCAAAGUUGACGAUGUCGGAGUUUGGUGUGGUGGGGGAUUUGACCAAUCGAUGCACGGUGAUGCAAUAUCAUGCGACGCUCAGGUCACGCAGUCAGCAGUUCUUGUGCGUAUGAUUCAUUUGGGCAAACAUGAGCGUUGGGCGACUCUAUGUACUCGUCAAGGUGUUCAGGUAGCAUUUACGAUGAACUUAUGAUUUUGAAUAUACCUAGCGAUAUAUGUUAUGGACUAGUUCGGAAGCGACGAGCCUAGUUCUGGCGGCAAAGCAGCUGACAUCGCGUCGACGUGACGUGCCUUUGGGACUGCAGCCUGCAAAACGCGUCUGUGG